AUGCGUACUCCGGGAGCCCAUGACAUUCUUGUCUCCGAGAUCCUGGUCGUCAUAGCGGUAGCCCUCGUCGCAGCCCGUCUCAAUCUUCGUCUUCGAAUACAAAAGCGACGACUCAUUCUCAGCGACAAAUUCAUGAUAGCGGCAUGUAUAUCUGGUGUCAUAGCCGCUGCUUUUACUCCCGCGUUUGCAGCACUUGACGCCUUCGAUCCGAAAGUACACUCGACCUUGGAAGGAUAUAGUGGCAACAGGAGAAGACUUCGACUGAUACUAAAACUGCUAUUCGCUUCCAACUUUCCAUUCUACACGACACUUUACCUUUGCAAGGCUGUUCUCUUAUCGGUCUAUUUACAGGCAUUUCCGGAAUUCAUGGUGAAGAGACGCAGAUUUCUCUGGGCUACCAUAUGUUUCACGGCCAUCAGUUAUGUUACUACUAUGAUCCUCGUCUUGUGUAUCUGCCUUCCCCUAGAACGACAUUGGGACUUGGACGCCGAUGUGACAUGCCAAGCUUGGACUUACGCAGUCAAUUUUAAUGUUGGCUGGGCGCUGUCAUUUCUUGGAGAUAUCUUAGUAUUCAUUCUUCCUUGGCUGAUUGUCCCAGCUCUACAAGUCAAGAGAGCACUAAGACUUGGCAUCUACUUCACAUUCUUACUUGGAAUUGUUAAUAUUGUGGUCAGCCUUGUUCGCUUCAUCAUGAUCUUCAAAGCAGGCGCCGACUCGUCUAUUUCACUUAGCACCAUUGUGUUAUGGAGUGCUUUAGACGUGAACAUGGGCCUUAUGAUCGCCUGUCUUCCAUCGUUACGACCAUAUUUUGGAUCGCGAACUCAAUCAGAAAAGCCGAGUUUCGAAAGCAGGAAUGAGGAACGGUUCCGAAGACCAUCAAAGUUUGGCAUUGACACACUCCGACAUAACUACAGGAAGUAUGAUGAAGAAGAAUCGUCAUCGUCCUCUGAACGACAGAACACAGGAAGGGCCUCGAAUUGGGAGAAUUAUGAGGGGGUAUCGGAUGAUGGCAGGAGAAGUUGCACGGAUGUGAGCGAUGUUGCGCUGGUUGAGCUGAGACUCCCGCCCUCCGCCAAAGUGCCUCAGAUAGAGCUUUAA